AUGGUAACGUGGUUCCCUCACAUGCCAUUCCUGAGGUCCUGGUUCCGUGGGAAACUAGAAAGAGUCAUAAGCAUCGAGUGGCAAGCACGUGUGCAGACGGGAGAAGGAGACGAGGAGUGGGGCAAGGGGGACGAGGCGGGUGCGGGGGAGGAGGAGGGAGGACAGGGGGAAGAGGGCAAGGAGGGGAAGGAAGUAGGGGAGGAAGAGGGGGUGGAGAGAGAAAGUGUGGUCGAAGAGGAGGAUGAAGGGGUUGGUGGUGCUGAUUUGAUUGUGCUGGGAGGCUGGGAUGGGGCUGCUGCUGAUGCUACUGCUGCUGGUGCUGGUGCUGCUGGUGCUAGUGCUGGUACUGCUGGUGGUAGUGAUGGGGAGGGUGGAACCAACUCUGGGAGAACAGUGCUAGGGGCUUCAACUACCAUGAGUGCCUUGCGAGUGUUCUUCUCCAAGGCAGGAUAUGGAAUGACUCGCCUGCAGCUGAUUGGCCGCAGUGAGGAGGGAAACGAAGCACUGGUGGGCCCAGUGCACACGAAGCCCAAUACGGCUCGAGAGGUGGUCACUCGCUUCACCUCCUCCCUUGCUACUGCCAGUUUCUUCUGUCCUCCUCCAUCCUUCUUCAUCCUCCUUUACCCUCCUUCAUCCUCCUCUAUCCUUCUCUCUCCCCUCCUAUCACCUCCUCUGCCCUCCUCUUGCCUCCUCUGCCCUCCUAUCGCCUCCUCUGCCCUCCUCAUCCGCAGCUCACAGCAGGGAUGUUCAUUGCCGACAGCACCGCCCAGCUCUCGCCGCUGGUUGGUUUUCAAGUCCUCUGUGCAUCGUCCAUCCUCCCUUGCUUCCCGAUCCUCCCAUGCCCGCCCACAGCUUACAGCAGAGGCGUUCAUCGCUGACAGCACAGCCCAGCUCUCACUACUGGUGGACCGCCCACUGGGUGCCGCCAGCCUAACAGAUGGGCAGAUCGAAGUCAUGCUGCAUCAGUGA